ACACAUCCUCUACUCCCACAGUCAAUCAACCUGAUCCCCCAAACAAUCAAUCAAUUACUGACAAUCAACCAAUUCCCACGGCCAACCAACCCGAUCCAACAAAUAAUGAACAAAUUUCUGAUACUUCCACCUCAAGAAGGUCUUCCAGAAAAAGAAAUAUACCCUCUUACCUUCAUGUGUACAAACAUUCUCUUCCUCCAUCCAAUAACCUUGCCUACAGUAAGGAUCAUGAUGACAUUUCUGGUACAUCUCAUAACACUAUCAAAAAUCCCAUUGAACAUCAUCU